AUGGAAUAUUGUGUUGAAUACUCUACAUUCCGCAAAAUACCAACAGAUAAUGUUGUUAAGAUUAAGGAGUCGUCACAACCUGAUGUGCUUGAAAGUCUCCCAACAGAGGCAUCCACUAUUUCUAAGACCCUACCUAGAUCUAAAUCACACAGGACAGAACUGACAUUGCUAGAUCUCUAUUCUGGUUGUGGUGGCAUGUCAACCGGACUGUGCUUAGGUGCCAAACUAUCAUCAGUUAGUCUUGUCGUGAGAUGGGAUGUUGAUAGUGAUACGUCUGCAACUAAAAGCUUGAAACUAAACCAUCCAUAG